UACAGCAGAGUUCCGUCCCCUGGUCAGCACUGGGGCGUGUGGACAACAGUGCAGCUACAAGUAGCGUUGUGUUGACAACACUUAGAUCAUUCCUUCUGGGUAACUAGCAUGACAGAAGAACUAACGUAGAAAGCUUUUAUUCCGUGCGGGCUUCUAAAAAGUUAGUGAACUCUGCAUACCAUUGCCAUGGCUUCUGGGGAAGAUGGCCAGUUCUAUGCAGAACUGUGCAGAAGUCCAAUUCGUUUUCAGCCAGUUAGCAAGACCAACAAUGUCUUCUUUGAUGAUGCCAAUAAACAGGUGUUUGCAGUCCAUCAUGAUGGUUCAAUGGGAAUAGUUGUGAAAGGACCAGAGGAAAAGUCAGUGGCCACAUUUAGAACGGAUGGCAAGGGAGACAUUAUCUCAAUAAAGUUUUCACCAGACAAAAGGAUUCUUGCCUUGCAAAGGACACUGCGAACUGUGGAUUAUGUCAAUUUCAGGGAGGAUAUGACUUCUGAACAGACUGAAUAUUCUCACGCAUGUAAGGCCAAAGCUGACAUGAUUGGAUUUGUGUGGACCGGGGCCAGUGAGAUUGUAUAUAUCACUGCCAAAGGAAUUGAACAGUAUCAGGUUACAGCUGAGAAACGGUCAUUGAGAGCUAUGAAGUCCGUCAGUCUUGAUGUCAGGUGGCUUUUCUGGCUGUCACAUGCUGGUAUGCUGCUCUUGGCCAGUGGUAACAUGGCAAACACUCUGCAUCUCAUUCACUUCAAGAUGGGAAUGAUGACCCGACUGCCAAAGUUUGAAGUGGACCUACCGUCUGUCCCCAAACCCCACAAACCCAUGUUGUAUGAACGUGAUGUCAUAUUAGCCACCAUUUAUGAGUGCUUGUAUGUGGUUGUGUUGAAACAUCCGUCAAACGCUACUGCUGGGGCAGAAAUUGUCUUGUAUCAGAUACAAAAGGAAGGUCCUGCACGUAAGACAGACAUUCUUACGUUAGAUAUGAGUGGUCGAUUCGCCAUCAAUGUCAUUGACAAUCUCAUUAUGGUUCACCAUCAGGCUUCAAAGACAUCAGUGAUUUUUGACAUCAAGCUAGAUGGGAAGUCGGAUGGUUACGUGCGGUUUCACCAACCAGUGCUGUCUCCUCUACCUAUAAAGCCCUUUAAGCUGAUGUUGCCGUCUAUCAACCUUCAGGCAAGCAGUGACAAGAUGGAGUUCAGCUGUGAAUUGUAUUCAGCCAACUGGGUUGUGUUUCAGCCAGAUGUGGUCAUUGAUGCCAAACUAGGCUGUUUGUGGACACUCAGGCUCAACCUGGUUCCUAUAGUGACCAUGAUGCCAGACAAAGUGAAGCUGAUUCAGUUUUUCUUGAAUCGCAGUGAUGGAAAGUCUGUACUACUGUCAGUCUGUCGACAGAUGUUGACUCCUGGACAACAGUCCACCCUAAAUGUCAUUUCUCAGGUGUAUGACAUGUUGAACCAGGUGUACAAGACCUACCUCGAGAUAGAAGUGCACAUGAUUCCAGUGGAGGCAACACCUGCACUGACAGUUGGACCACGCAAGAAGGUGACUGUUGACCAGUCAGACAUGUUCACUCAUGUUUUCUCAGUGUUUGAGGAACACAAGGAAAUUCCCUACAAGUUCAUGGUGGCAGUUCUGAUUGAAUACAUCAGAUCUCUCAACCAGUUUCUGAUACCUGUGCAACACUUUCUGUAUGAACUGGUGAUCAACAUCCUGGUACAAAACAACUGUUUUUAUCAGCUGCACCAGUUCCUGCAGUAUCAUGUGCUGGGAGACUCCAAACCUCUGGCAUGUCUCAUGCUGUCACUUGAAAGCGUGUACCCUCCAGCCUACCAACUGGCUUUAGACAUGCUCAAGAGGCUGCAAACAGCCAAUGAGGAAAUAAUUGAGGUUCUUCUCUCUAAACAUCAGCUACUGGCAGCCCUCAGAUUUGUCCGAAGUGUUGGGAUAACAGACAUGGUGUCGUCUCGCAAGUUCUUAGAGGCAGCACAAAACACUGAGGAUGAGUUGCUUUUCUUCACUGUUUUCAAGUUCUUCGAGCUACGCAAUCAGCGACUGAGGGGAAGUCCUCAGUUUCAACCAGGAGAGCACUGUGAGCAGUAUGUCAAGAAAUUUGAGGCUCGGUUUGGACCAGAGGCACUGAUGCCAGUACAGAGCAAUAUAUUAUAAACUAGCAUUUACCUUCAGCCUUAGGUGGUGACUAGCACUUGAAAGACCCUGUCUGAUUAUUGUGGUCAUUAUGCAUAAAGAAGGCAAGGAAUAUUCACUGGGCAAUGAAGACAGGGCGUUUACCUUUGAAGCAUAAGCUGGUGGGUUGUAUUUCAUGAGCCUCCGGUGGUCAUGAGGCGCAGCUGUAAAGAUCUUGUUAUUAAGACCAUGAGGAUUGUGCAUCGUGGGUUCAACUCUCACUUCAGAAACUAGUCAUUUGUCUCUGAAUGUGGCAUCUGUUUACAGGAUAGGACUAACUUGCAAGUUGCAAUAGCACAGUGUCAAUUGCUGACAGUGUAAAAUGCCACCAACCAAAGACACAACCUCAAAAAUUUCUGCAAAUGUAUUUCUGUACAAAUUUCUGUAAAAUAAAUUAUGUAUAUAUCAAUAUAUUAUUGACACAAAAUGUGAUUUUUGCUUUUUUUAAAAUUUUGUCAAACCUAAGAACUUCACAGAAUGCAUUUAGCUGAAUCAGAAUAUUAGGGAUUUUUUUUCUUUUCGUUGGCAUUGUUUAUAUUCCUUGCAAUGAAGAUUCAGAAUCCUGAAGAUUUGUUUAAGAUAAUAUGAAAUUCCAUUCAUUUUGCAAUCCCCUUGCUCAUGCAUAUCUUUUUGUUUAAUACAGAUAUGCAACACAAUGGAAUACACAGCUAAAUGCUUACAUUGCACCUACAUAAAUAACAACAUAUUCAGAUAACUGAAAUUUGAAGAACUUUUGUACAAUGUGAUCAGAAUCCAAACUUUGUGAAAAGAUUCAUGAUCUGGUUCUUGUAUGUACAUCUUUUAGAUGACACAGCAUCUGCCCAAAUUGGCCAAACAGAACAAAAAAAGACUGGCAGUAUUGGUCACCUUUUACUCCCUAUGAAUACAGUUGUGCUCUUGACCUGUUUUCCUGCCCAGCAGUGUGCACAUCCAGGCUUGUGGGCAAAACCAGAAAAAUCUGGUGUGGAAAAAUAAUGAACAGGUGUACAAUCCACAGUUGAGGGCACUACAUCUCUGGAAAGGUGAAGGACAGGCAGAAGGGUGAAGCUCUGUAGAUGUGCACCAAGACAAGAAUUGUUUUAGAUGUACAGCAGUUAGGGAUUCCAUGGGGAACAAGGAACUGUACAAGUCAGUUCCGUCCAUUUUACAAAACAGGAUAUAUUGCUUUUGCAAGGAGCAGCCAAAAAUUAUUGGCUGGAUCAUCCAUAUUAGAACAAAUUCACAAGAUUUUUAAAUGUGUGCAUCACUGUGAAGUUGCCGACCAACUGUGCAUGGUGAUCUUAGUAUCAGGAAAAUGAAUAGUGGUGUUCACUCACACGGGGAGCGGGGAAAGAGUUUCUUGUACAGAGCUCUACUUAUAUCAUUAAGACCACAAACUGCACUCCAUAAGACCUUUAACAAGGUUGCUGUUAUCUCUUGCACUCAUUUUUAUUUCCUGGUGAUGUCACAGACACCAUUUUAACAGCAGCAGGAUUAGACACGAGAGCUUGAAUUAAUGCCGGGGGACUAAGAAUGCUGUCACGCUUGUUUUGUGAAAGCAUGUGAUUUGUUUUAUAAACUGGCAGCAAAAUUUAGAUAAAAUGAUGUGUCAAAAUAGUCUUUAUGGGAGUGUCUCAUUUUGUCGUAUUGAAACACCAGCACCACUAACCCCUUAGACUGGGGAGUGAGAUCUGUUGUGGCAUGUACAGAAACAGAUAUCAUUUGUAUUCUGAUCUAAAACAUUCCUUUAUUCUACAAACAUGCAACAAGAGACCAAAUGCCACCAGUGAACAAUUUUUAUUGCAGACUUUACCCACACUACAUGCAGGCUAGUGUUUUGUGAACAGGAAAAUAAAAUGUGAUGACCUUGAGCAA